AUGACUGUAUUCGAGACUGCAGUGCGAAGCGAAGAUGCGGCGGACUUGUCUACACAACAUGAUGCCUUAGAGGACGCUGAUCUCUUUUCUAUUGCUAAGAGAAACUCAGGAAAUGAUGAGGAGGAAAGUGAUGAAGUCGAGAAGAAAAGGCAAAAACCCAACGACAAGGGGGGGACCUUCACCUUAAAGGAUGUUAUUUCGUUAAUAGAAAAGCGAUCUUUGUAUAGGCGUGUGACAAAAGAGACCGGCGACGUAAUAUUUCAACAAUUCAAGAACCGGCUGCUUCGUCAUAUCAAUUUGUCCUUACCUGCAUCCGAGAUCAGCAUAUAUCCUUACCUGCGUAACACAAAAGCCGAAAUUUCAAGAAUGUUAAAGCAGUCCAUUGUACAGAAGGAGAGCCAUUCAGCAAUUAUAAUUGGUCCACGGAACAGUUAUAAGACUUUUCUGAUUGAGCACGAGCUAGAGCUUUUGAAUCAGGAAUACAGUAACCAAUUCAUCGUCAUAAGAUUAAACGGGUUUAUCCACUCAGAAUCCUCUGCAAUCAAAGGGAUUGCUACCCAGUUGGAGGAACAAUUGCAAAAACUUCACGGCGUUCAUCAUUCCUUUCCAAAAAAGGAAGAAGAAAUACCGUCCGAGGAUGGAGAGAAUGAAAUUAGUAAAGGGUCACUUACUGAUGUAUUUGAAAGGAUCUUAAGGCUGCUGGAUUCCGCAUCACAAAGAAGUUCUGGCGAUGCCAACGAAAAGGACAAGGGAAUCACCAAGAUUACUGUUGUUUUUGUAUUUGACGAGAUCGACACGUUUGCAGGGCCCAUUCGGCAAACACUAUUGUAUAAUUUAUUUGAUAUGGUUGAGCAUGCAAGGGUUCCAGUUUGCAUUUUUGGUAAUACGACGAAGAUUAACAUGUUGGAUUAUUUGGAGAAGAGAGUUAAGAGUAGAUUUUCGCAGCGGAUGAUCUACAUGCCUAAUUUCAGUGGAUUGGAUGACUUUAAAGCAAAUGUGGUAAGUCAGAUGGUACCUUCAGGCGAUGAUCCAAUCACGACAGCGUGGCUACACAUGGUGGAAGCACAGACCAGAGAUGAAAACUCUUCAUUCUUCCAAGAACUGAAGAGAAACUAUGAAACCGUACAAUCUUUGCCCGAGUGGAGUAAUGCAGUGCUGCCAAUACUCUCUUUCGCCACUGAUUUAGACGACAUGAGGGACAAAUUAGGAUCCGCAAAUUUUACGAGGCAGUGGCGUUUAAACCAGUUAGAAUUAGGACUGACGUCCCGAAUCCAGUCGCUUUCAGAAUUAGAGCUUGCAAUACUGAUUGGAAGUGCCCGUGUGGCUUUGAAAUCCAAGGACCACGUAAUAAACUUCAACCUUGUCUACGUGGAAUACAAAGAGCUAAUGAAAAGUCUAAACAGCAGAAUCCCCACAGCAAGCGCUCUACACCCUACGAAGAUGUUCGAAAAUGCAUUGAAGAUAUGGUCUAAACGCGAUGUCAAAAAUGUCUGGGAGACAUUAGAAGAAUUGAAUCUUAUAACCGAGAAAUCGGCAGUAGGCCUUAGGGACAGCGCUGCUGCGGUUUUUUUUGCUAGUAACUACACAUUCCAGGGGACGAACAUGCCUUUUGAUCUGCGCGCAUACCAUUCGCAAGUGACGCUCGCUGAACUGCGUAGAGUCAUCCCCAAGACAUCGAUCUAUCAACCUUGGACCCAACUAUAA